CCGCGCUGUGGGAACGUGGUCACGUGAUUGUACCAAGAUGGCGUCGUCCAGCGCCUUCUUCCUCUUGGCCAUCGCUCUUCUCCCGAGGUCUUGCGGUCCCCUGGCGCUAGGGCAUGUUGACCUGCCGGCGCCGCUGCCGUUGGUGAUCUGGCAUGGGAUGGGAGACAGCUGUUGUAAUCCCCUAAGCAUGGGUGCUAUCAAAAAAAUGGUGGAAAUGAAAAUACCUGGAAUUUACGUCUUAUCUCUAGAGAUUGGGAAGACCCUGAUAGAGGAUAUGGAGAACAGCUUCUUCUUGAAUGUCAAUUCUCAAGUAACAACAGCAUGUCAGAUUCUUGCUAAGGACCCUAAGUUGAAGCAAGGCUACAAUGCUAUGGGAUUCUCUCAGGGAGGCCAAUUUCUGAGGGCAGUGGCUCAGAGAUGCCCCUCGCCUCCCAUGAUCAAUCUAAUCUCAGUUGGGGGACAACAUCAAGGAGUUUUUGGACUCCCUCGGUGCCCAGGAGAGAGCUCUCACGUCUGUGAGUUGAUCAGAAAAACACUGAAUGCUGGGGCUUACAACAAAGCUGUCCAAGAACACCUGGUGCAAGCAGAAUACUGGCAUGACCCCAUAAGGGAGGAUAUGUACCGCAACCACAGCAUCUUCUUGGCAGAUAUUAAUCAGGAGAGAGGUAUCAAUGAGUCUUACAAAAAGAACCUGAUGGCCCUGAAGAAGUUUGUGAUGGUGAAAUUCCUUAACGAUUCCAUUGUAGAGCCUGUGGAUUCUGAGUGGUUUGGAUUUUAUAGAAGUGGCCAAGACAAGGAAACCAUUCCCUUACAGGAGACCACUCUAUACACACAGGACCGCCUGGGGCUAAAGGAAAUGGACAAUGCAGGCCAGCUAGUGUUCCUGGGUGUAGAAGGAGACCAUCUUCAACUGUCUGAAGAAUGGUUUUAUGCCCACAUCAUACCCUUCCUUGAAUGAAACUCUUGGAUUUACACCAGAGCUCAGGGAGCCCCCAGCACUUCCAAACCAGUGGAAGACUGUUCCCUUCACACCCAACCUGAGCUCAGAUCCAGCUUGCAACUAAUCCUUCUCUAACAUGCCCUGCUCCAAAAGAUCUAAGAUCCAAAUCUUAUCCUUUGCCUCAUCCUAUCAGCAUGUGGUGUUGAAUGCAAGUUUAAUUAGUUAAUAACCAUGGAGAUUAUUUUACAAUCAUUUGAUGUGGUCAAGCUGUCUUAGAACAGUCUACUGCAGGUCAGUGCCAGAACUGUGCCCAGGCCUAGAAGAGACUGAACUAAAGUGGUCUUUAAAGAGUCUAGCUAGACUCUGAAGGGCAAACAUCUUUCUCAGGAAAAUCUAGCCACAUUUUGAGCCUAGAGAAGGCCAAUACCCAGACCUGAGGUAUUCACAUAAAUGCUGUUUUGCUGGUGGAUAUUUAAUCAGUGCUUGGAAAACUAUUACUUAGAUAACGUUUCUGCAUAAUCUGAGACUGCCCUCCUCUGACUACGUUGCCUUUUGUGACGUCUAGCAAUUAUUAUUUCUGCUAGCCCACCAUCUUGCUUCGGUAGCACUCUUUUUGUCUCCUCAGGUAGUGAUGAAGUAGUUGCUCUGUCACAAAAGGAGGGGACUCAACUGGAUUGCUUAAAGGAGAAAGUAUAUAUUUUACUUAACUUAGGAGGGGCAUGAAGAAAAAUAUAGAAAUGGAAAUGAAAAUUUCACCCUUAAUUAACCUGUCCUCUUAAUAUGACUAGUGGUUGGAUUCUAGAGUCAUUCUGUUUCUGGCUUUAGAGAAUGGAAGGAAAAAUGUGAAGAGAUCAGGCUUUAUUCUAUCUCAAAAAAUCGUAUUUACCAGUACACUCCAAACUUGUUUCUGUUAUGUCCUGUGAAAAAAAGAUUCUUUGCUCAAAAAGCUUGGGAAAUGUUGCAUACCUUAGAGAUCAACUCACAUUAGAAUAUUAAGGACUCUGAAAAUGCCUGUUAUGGUAAAGAAAACUAAGCUUAACCUACCAUUUCCUAUUUGAACUAUUUAAACAUGGACAUCUUGGCCCCCACUCCCUCACACAUUUAAACUUGGUAGUACUUUCUGGAAAACUGUUGUACAGAAUGCCAGUUUGGGGAAAUGAUUAGCUAAACGUGAGGGAAGUACCUUGUUAGUGCUGUGAAGUUUACCCUUUUAUUAUUUUUCCUUCACCUCUCUCAAGCCUUAUUUUUCAACUAAAAUAAGGGCGACGAGUGUGGUGAAUGUGAAAAGAAUUUUAUGAGGUUGUUUUGAGUAGCCUCUUAUCCUUGGUGUCAUUUUUCUUUUCAAUAUUCUUACAUCUGUGUACAGCAAAUAUUAAAGGGAAAUGCUAAGCAA